UUGUUCUCGGAGAAAUGGCAGAGGAAAGCCAAGAAGCGUUCGAAGAUUUGAAAGAGCACGAAAGCGGAGAGAAUUUUCCGUUGGCAUCAAUAAAGAACGCGAUCGAAGACUUGUACUGCUUUCGAGACAGCUAUUACGUGAAUAACCCCAGCGCAAGUGAAACAGAGAAGAACGGUGACAUCGAAGACAAGCUCCGAGGCGUCCUCGCAAGUUUAGACGCCAAUGAAGGUUCACUCAAGAAGUCGGAUCGAGCGAUGUACCACAUGCUCAGGGGGAAAGCGCUCAACAUCAGGCCACACUUUGAGACCGAAACCUACGAGGCGUUGUCGAGAGCCGUCAAGUUCAACCCCAAACUCGUGGAAGCCUGGAAUGAACUCGGGGAGUGUUACUGGAAGAAGGGAGACAUCCUCAAAGCGCAAAACUGUUUCGAAGGCGUCCUCAAAAUUACCAAAGACAAGGUUUCGCUACGGAAUCUGUCAAUGCUGCUGCGGCAAGUUGGAGAGACACCGGAAGACAAGCUGAAGAAUGUUUGCGACAGUGUAGAAAAAGCGAAACAGGCACUGGAGCUGGACAUCACAGAUGGAAAUUCCUGGUAUAUUCUUGGUAAUGCUUACCUGGCUCUAUAUUUUUCGGGAUCUCAAAAUGCCAAAACAGUUCAGGAAGCAAUGUCGGCCUAUUCAAGAGCUCUAGAAGAUCCUAAAAUGAAAUACUCUUCAGAUCUGUACCACAAUUUUGCGGUGGCUCUGAAACACCAGGAGGACUUUCAAGGAGCACUGCAACACCUGGAUAAGGCAGCUGCUUUGGACCCCAGUUAUAGCAACCCAAAAGAAAAAAGCCAGAAUCUACUGAAGUACUUGACCACGCUUGACAAGAUGAUCUCUAAUAAGGGGAACCUGAAGCCUCGCAAGGUGAAGACCCUCUUGGCCAGCCUCAAGCCACACCACCUGGGCCCCUUCAGAGACCACGCCACCAUCAAGGUCAAGAAGUUCAAUGAACUCGUGCCUGGCAAGAACCCGAGCUGCGUCCUGGCGGCCAAGGUGGUCUGCAACCUCGACUCUGAGGAGCGCUUUCCCCUCACACUCUGUACCGUGGAUGAAGAUGCUGUCUGCUUUGCCGUAACCAUCUACAAUCUGGCGGAAGGGAAGGGUUUUCUCAUUGGUGACACCAUCGUCAUUCCGGACCCGCUUCUGUGCAAGGCCCACAUUGAAUACAAGGACCAUGUAAUCUCGUUUUCUAACAUUCGCGUCGACUCUCCCCUUGCACUGGUCAUCAACGGGAGAGUCAUGAAUCCCUCGAGCCAGGCACCAAUAAGUCUUCACGUCGAAAUCAAGAGGGAGUAACACAAUGGAUGGUGCUGGUUUUUUUUUUUGGUUUUUUUUUACUAUGGAAGCUUUUUCUAUUCAAUGUAUGGAAGUUUAAUGAUGGCUCCUUUCCUAUGUGGCCUGGCAGCCGAGCGAAUGAACUUGAGAUCUACCCAACAGUUUCGUGUUGCGCGUUGUUACAGAUGGAUCGCGUGAUGUAUCAUCGAGCCAAUGGCUUGAUUACAAUGUCAAAUUAAUGGUAUGGGAUGGACGAAGUCUCCAUCAUAAGAGAGAAGGCAUCUGUUGAUAUGCACUCAACAACCCAUGAGGACCAAUUUUGGAGAUGUCUAAUGGUGGCUGCCUUAGAUGCUGAGUGUGAGAGAUCAAAGUUUUUGUGUGUAGUUUCAUUUAAGCAGCAGAACUGCAAAACAAAAGGUGACAAGGGAUGUUUUCAUGGCAGGAUAUAACAUUGUCACUGACAAAGUUUCUCCCCCAAGUUGUUUUCAUUAUUUGAAACUUCAAAUGACUUCUGCAUGUACUCUGUAUGUCGUAUGUGCUAGACUUGGCAACGAAUAGGAGUCUAUUUUAGAAGUUAUUUCAUGAUCUUUUUUUUUUUUUUUUCAGUAUUGAGCAAACUGUUUCAGAUACUUAUAAUCUUUAUGGUCACAUUAGUUGUUGUUUUUCUUCCCUGUCUUUAAGCAGUGUGUUUGAUCUUUCUGAAGAAGAGUUCUGUGUCUGAAAUCCAAGUGGGCUUCAAAGCUCUGCAAAAAGGUAGUAAUAAAAUGUGUGAGAGAGCUGAAGUGAUAGAGACAUACUGAUGAAUAUGUCAGAAAUGCAUAUGCACAUACUUUUCUAUCAUAAAAAGACCUUAUGUGAAAUUGCUUGGUGGUCUGACAACACUGAAAGUUUCCCCAUCUAAUGUUGGCAAGCGUCAUCGGUACCAAAGCACGGUGGAUGCAUUAGAGACAACCGUACGGGCAGUGUGUGAGGGCACAGCAGCUGUGUUUUCCGCCUUCCGACCAUAGAAUGUGGACGAACAAUUUAAAAACAACCUACCGCAACUAUCUGAUGAAACUCUUGGGGGCCUGUGAGCGCUAUCGCGCCAUCGCACACUGCCCGUGCAGUUGUCUCCUAUGUUUUCACCGUGCUUCGGUACAGAUGAACGACGCUUGCAAACAUUAAAAUGGCGACGCACUCAGUGUUGUCAGACCGCCAAGAAAUUUCGCAUAAGGUCGCAUUUCAACCUGAUUCUAUUGUGACUGUGUGUGCCAGAAAUUAAGUGUUACAUACAUAACUUAAUGUCAUUUUGUACUGCUGAAACUGUCUUCUCGGCAUGUUUGAUUAUAAAACAUAAGCACAAAUUCUGGUCUGAGGAAUCUCAUACUCGUGUUUUAGCACCUUUAAUUGCAAAAAAAAACAAAAAAAACACUAGCGUCAAACUGCUGUUAUUGGAUGUCUCUGAUUUGGAAACAUUUCCAAUGCCCUGUCGCUCUAUGGAACAUAUUUCCCUAGGGACGUAUUCGUGGCGUUCUUAGGAAAUUUUUAACCAGAAAUUCCAUAGGAAAUCUUUAACCACGAGUGUAUGCAAGGCAGACGCUGCUGCAUGAAGGAAACCUCGGCCGACACUGAGAACGAGAAUGGAUUGCUGGCUGUGUUAUCUGUCGUAGCAGCUUGUAGCUACGUGCAGUGUCAAAAAUGCUUCCUGCUCAAGCACACGAGUACUAUGUACUCAUACUGUUAUAAAUUAAAUAUAAGGUUAUUAAUAAGCUUCUUUUUCUUCUUUUCUUUAAGACAUAAACUUAUGGGGGAGACGGAAAUCGCUCUUUGUGAUCUCCGCCACCCCUUUAAAAUAGCAGCAGCAUCUGUCGUACAAAGACAUUACUAGGGCAGAAUUCGGUGGGCUUUCCAGACUGGAGACAUCGAAGGACUACAGUAAAACUUGCAAAACAAAAAUAACUUGCACAUAUCUAAAAUAUUUUUUGGGGGAAAGCUCAAGAGAUGCGUGUUAUUCAGUGAAGCAGCCAACUGUCCUGACCAUGUACUUCAAUUUUGUUCUCUGUUAGAAGCUUGUUAGCUAGUUAUGGUCAUGUUUGCAUAAUGUCCACUGCGCCUCUCUUUUAAAAAUGCAAGUGUUAUUUGGCGGUAUACUGAAGCUGGCAGCUUUGUUUCUUGGCCUUCUCUGUUUUCUCACCUUGUAUAUAAUAGGAUAUGAAUUUGUGGUUUGUAAUACUAACUACCAUGCGACUUUUGAGUGAGACUGAAUAAAAAGUGAUGUUUAUUCAGGUG